AUGGCGGAUCUCAACCUUCAAGCUGUUCACGAUGAGCUCGUCUCAGUGGCCUACGAGGCUGGUGCCAUGAUUUUGGCUGCCAACCCUGCUGAGCUCGACACCGAUACCAAGCUCAACUCCGUCGACAUCGUUACCGAAGCAGACAAGGGCGUUGAAAAGAUGGUCUCGACCCGACUAUCAUCAUCCUUCCCCAAUGUCUCAUUCAUGGGCGAGGAAACAUACAAGCCUGGCAUGAAGCUCGGCCCCGAACCGACCUUUGUUGUAGACCCCAUCGACGGUACCACCAACUUUGUCCAUUCGUUCCCCAGCGCCUGCAUCUCUCUGGGCCUCGCCAUCGACCGCAAGCCAGUUGUUGGUGUUAUCUACAACCCCUGGCUCGACACCCUUUACACCGCCAUCAAGGGCCAAGGUGCCUUUCUCACACACGGUCGCGGAAAGGAGCCUCAGCGUCUUCCUCUUGCGCGCUCCCCCCGACCCAUUGAGGGAUUGGGAUCCUCGCUUGUAGCUAUCGAGUGGGGCGCGCAGCGGGACGGACCAAAUUUUGAUGUCAAGGUUGAGGCAUUCAGAAAACUCACAGCUAGUCGUGAGACGGGCGGCUCAAUGGUGCACUCCCUCCGCUCAAUGGGUUCUGCCGCGCUGAACAUUGCUGCUGUUGCGGCCGGCCAGUUGGAUCUGUACUGGGAGGGUGGAUGCUGGGCGUGGGAUGUCUGUGCUGGAUGGGCAAUCCUCAAUGAGGCCGGCGGCCGAAUGGUGCAUGGAAACCCAGGCAACUGGGAUCCUGAAGUUGAGUCGCGCGUGUACCUUGCUGUGCGAGGUGCCCCAAGUGGCCAGAAGGAGCUUGUUGAAGAGUUCUGGGCAGUCCUUGGAGACAACAAGCUCGAUUACUCCAUUUAG